AUGGAGUGGAGUGUGAUUGACGUGUAUGCAGCAGAAACGGCCGGUAAUCCGCAUGUUUCUCUCUCUCCCUUCGACGCCACCAUUUUCGCAAAGCGCUAUACGCCCGAUUAUGACAUGCUCUUGAUGAUAUACGAUGAGUGGACAUUCCGUCGUGGAAGAUCCUCAUACGAGUUGGGCAGUCAAGUAUACUAUGUGGUCUGUGAUGCGACGGUGACGAAAUUCACGAAAUAUCCAGUGACAGUCACCUCGAGCUCUCGUGAUGAUAUGGUUAAAGUCACAGGCAAGUGCGUAGCGAAUGCGAUUCCAGCCCAAAGUGAAGCACCAACUGGAUUCUGCACGUCUACCGGCAGAUGGAACCAUCUGAUCGGUGAAUGUGGCUGCAAACCUGGUUAUACGAGCGAUUCGUUUAACGGAGAAGACAAGUGUGUCGUCGGCACUUUGGCGGCGGCAUACCAAUACCAAUGCUCCAUGGAACAAGUAAAGGUAAUUUUGGCCCGUCUUGGUCACCGUAAUGGACUCAUCAUCCAGAGGUCACCACGAGGCUAUACAACGGGUUUAUGUCUUGGUGCCUUAAUGGAAGCCGCCGUUGUCGCAACCGAAAAGGAAAGCUCUGCGCGGACGGCAACAUACGGAGAUCAUCAUAAAGCAACGGCUAAUUAG